GAACAAGCUCACAGUUUGUCGCGUUAACUGAGACGAGAAGGAGGGAAGAACUGAGGAGCCUCUAUAAUCCGCGGCCAUGGUUGUGCAGCAGCAACCAAUGCAACAUACCGACAGCCAUAUCUCGUCAAUCUCUCUCUGUCCUGUGUCGAUGAGAUGAACUUGCCAGCCAACUCUUUCUUUCUACAUGAACCAUUCUGCGUCUUUGCAUAGCUGUUCACCUAUCAUAAUGUCUGGUCCUCGGGUGGACAAUUUCCAGACGUUAGAUCCACGCAAGCAAGAGCUGCUGGAGGCCCGCUUCCUCGGCAUGCGAUCGACGUCGAAUCCGGCCGGCGGGAGUGGCGCCACACUGCAACAUCAGCAGCUACAGCAGCAUGCUGCUACAAUGGCUGGAUCCCACUCUGCUGGGCCACCUACGGGUUGUCACGUCAUGACAACAGCGACAACCAACCAACUAGUACAGCAUUCGCUCCAACAGCCUAGUCCGUCCAGUCUCCUCAACGCCAACGCACCACCGCCACCGACACAGCAACAACAACAACAACAUCUCGCAACUCCCCAAUUUACGGCUACCUAUACAAAUCCCUCCACCAACAACCAUGGUUCGGGAGGUUCGGGGAGUUCUGGCAGUAGCGGUUAUUCAAACCCGAAUCAGCCAACGCAGUACAACCUAGGUGGCGGGGGCAUCAUGCCGCCGACGAGUGCAACUACGACAUUGCAACAUCAACAUUUGCAACAACACCAGCAGCAGCACAAUCAAGACUCGAAUCUGAGUACGGGUUCGUCGGAUCGCGAGCUCAUGCGACUCACCGAUAACAACACGAAUGAAGAACUACGAACUCCUGAACGUUGUGGUGGAAGCGGAGGUGGGAACAGUGGCGGACCGCAGCAGCGGAUUCCUAACUCUAACGCGGUAGUGGCUAGCGCUGGAUCAGCACAGGCCGCCGCACCAACGACCCCCACCGAGCGGAAGAGAAGACGGAAAAAUGCCGAUGAUUCGGUGGCACCUCUCGGCAAACAAUCACGAGGAGACAAUAAGAAAAUCAGCGAAUAUUUCAAAGGUCACCCACCGAAUAGCCCGGGCCAUCAAAGCGGGACCAAAUCUCCAUCUCCUGUUCAUCAACUACAGCAGCUGCAACAGCCCAUGCAGAGCCAGCACCAAUCUUUCCUGGGAGUGCCCAAUCUUUGUCCGUCUCCUCAAGGUGUUGCGACCGCAAUAACGACGACGGCAACGAUAACGGCGUCAUCGGCAGCACCGUCGACGACGGCCUCCAGUUACCCAAAUUCGAACAUGAAUCAUGCAGCACCGUCUGGUGGCAUUCCAGUCAACAAUUCGGGCAUGGUAACUGGAAACGGCACGCCCGGCGGAUUCGGAGCUGGGUUGCAACAGUCUCCCGCAGCCCAGUCAGUGUCAGCCACAGGUGCCCAGGCGUCCAGUGGGUCAACUCAGCCGAUAGCUGCGUCUGGAGGAGUUCCAGCAGCAUCGACGCCUGCUGGAGGAGGUGGUGGAGGAUCCGACGCUGGGUUAAUGCAACCACCUAGAAAUCCAGCACCUUCGACCCACCAUAAGAAAGUGGGCGGCGUGACCGCUUCGUCGACGGGUGCCAUAGUGUCGGGAUCCGCCGCCACUGCUGGCCUGGACGGCAACAAUAGUGGCGGUGUUGGCAGCAGUAACAGUAGUCCGGCCGGAAGCACAACGAGACGAAGAGGAGUCGCCGCUGCAGCAAUUUCCAGUGUUGCCGCUGUCGUCGCAGCGGUGGCAGGUGGCGGGGCCGGUCCCGGUCCACCUUCCAUCGUUACGGCAGAAGUCAGUAAAACACAACAGCAAAACGAGCUGGAGCUCAAAGAGAAUCGGAUAGAUGAACUAGUGCGAUCGAACGAGGAGUUGUCGGCCAAAGUGUCUGCCCAGCAGAAAGUGGUUGACCAGCAAAAGGCUUCCAUUCAAAAGUGUCUAGACGUCGUCAAGAAGUUGUUGAUCGAAAAAUCCACCAUCGAGAAGAAAGAGGCUCGGGCGCGAUGCAUGCAAAACCGGCUGCGGCUCGGCCAGUUCGUGACGCAAAGAGUCGGUGCCACGUUUCAAGAGAACUGGACCGACGGCUACGCUUUUCAAGAGCUGGCCAAGCGACAAGAAGAGCUGAGCACCCUGCGAGAGGAAAUCGAUAGGCAGCGCAAACUGCUGUGCAAACGGAAACCGACGACUUCGGAAACGCCAACGGGCACAACCCGAAAGCGGACGGCCGCCGGCAGCGGUAGCUCAAGCAACUCGUCAAGCAGAGAUUCGUCGAAUGCCAACAACCUCCUCAACGGCACGGAGAGUACGCUGAAGGCGAACGACCUGAAUCGCGACUUCAACAUUCAGGAAUACUAUGAAGCCGAGGAGAUCCUCAAGCUAAAGCAGAACGCCUUGAAGAAAGAGGAUGGCGACCUGCAGCUGGAGAUGGAGAAGCUGGAACGAGAGCGCAACCUGCACAUUCGCGAACUGAAGCGGAUUCACAACGAGGACCAGAGUCGCUUCAACAAUCACCCCGUCCUCAAUGAUCGCUACCUGCUCCUCAUGCUGCUCGGCAAGGGUGGCUUCAGUGAGGUUCACAAAGCCUUUGACCUCAAGGAGCAACGGUACGUGGCUUGUAAAGUCCAUCAGUUGAACAAAGACUGGAAGGAUGAUAAAAAAGCCAAUUAUAUCAAACAUGCUCUGCGGGAGUACAAUAUUCACAAGCAGUUGGACCAUCCAAGAGUCGUGCGGUUGUUUGACGUUUUCGAGAUUGAUGCCAACUCGUUUUGCACUGUCCUCGAAUAUUGUGAUGGACAUGAUCUGGAUUUCUACCUGAAACAGCACAAGAUUAUUGGCGAACGAGAAGCCAGGUCGAUCAUUACGCAAGUUGUUUCGGCUUUGAAAUACUUGAACGAAAUCAAACCUCCAGUCAUUCACUACGAUUUGAAGCCCGGCAACAUUUUGCUUAGCAACGGCAGCAUUUGUGGUGAUAUUAAAAUCACAGAUUUUGGCCUCUCGAAAAUCAUGGACGAGGACAAUUACAAUCCGGAGCACGGCAUGGAUCUGACCUCGCAAGGCGCCGGAACCUAUUGGUAUCUACCACCAGAGUGCUUCGUUGUCGGCAAAACACCGCCCAAAAUCUCGUCCAAGGUUGACGUCUGGAGUGUGGGUGUCAUUUUCUAUCAGUGUCUCUAUGGUAAAAAGCCGUUUGGACACAAUCAAUCGCAGGCCACCAUUUUGGAGGAGAACACCAUACUCAAAGCAACUGAGGUGCAGUUUCCUACCAAACCAGCUGUCAGUUCGGAAGCCAAAAACUUUAUCCGGCGGUGUUUAGCGUAUCGUAAGGAGGAUCGAGACGACGUGCUGUCACUAGCCCGUCACGAAUACCUGCAGCCACCCGUCUCAAAGCACGGACGCCAGUCAGCUCAAGUGCAGCAGCAGCUGCAACAACAGCAACAACACCACCAACUACAGCAACAGCAGCAGCACCAAAGUCAGCCGCAGUCGGGCCUCUUUACCGGAGCCUUUGUCAGUUCGGGAAUGAACGCUUCCAGUUCGUCCUAGAACAUAAAAGAAAGGGACAACAAUUUUAAAAAGCAGCACCUACUCUCUCGUCCUCCACUUCCUUCUCCUCUACCGUGAUCAUUUUUCAAAAGAAAAUAGGAGAAGAAAAAAACAAGCAAAACAAACAUAAAGGAGAAUCCACCCUACCCCACCAGAAAAAAAACAAACAAACAAGUGAAUGCUCUGUCGAGGAUUGGAGUUGGCGAAAGGGAAGAUUAUUGUAAUUUUUUUUUUUUUUAAUUCAGAAGUUUAUGCGAGUGAGUGAGGGCAUUUGUAAAGUACGUAACUGUUCACAAAAUCGAAGAAGAAUGAAGACAAAGAAAUUGAUGCCAGUGUCCUGUACGUGUUCUUUAAAAAAAAAGGAAGAAAAAAAAAAGUGAGAGUGGUGUGAAGAUAUUUGCGCGUGUUUUGUGUGUGGUGUGUGACGUUGUUGGUUGUUCAAUACCGACGAACCAGGUCUGUGAUGAUGCCUCCUUUUUUUUUAAAAUGAUUGCGCGGCCACAUCCCCCCCUAUUUCCUCCUCGUCAUCCUUUACGACAUCGGCUUCAAGCUACAAUAUCUAACUGUGCGUGUGUUUUGAGUGUGACUACCUACUCCUACGACAAACUACAAGAAGAGCGCCGACCGGAAUGGAGAAGAAGAAAAAAAAACCGAUAUACAAUUUUUCUUCUCUUCUAAAACAAGCCCCCGUCAACCAUCAUUCGUCUCGUGCUGCUGCCCCUCUCUUCUUUCCAAUUAUUAUUAAAAACAUUUUUUUUUUUUCCAAACCUUUGGGUCUUGUUCAUAUCUUUCCUCCAUCUUUCCUCUUUCUCUCUUGUCAUCAUUAAUCCAUUUGUAAAACGCGUGUGUGUGUGUGUGUGAGUGUUUGUAUGUGCCGCGACUCCCUCAUUGCUGUGAAUGUGACCCACCCAAAAGAUCCACUCACGCUGAUAUUUAGACAAUGAGGAAUUCUAAAGAAACCGGCCAAAAAAUAAUGUCUGUAUUUUUUUCUUUUUGUUUGUUACACAUCCCAGCUCCAACAAUAAUGUUAAACGCCGAUUCCGCUCCAUCUGCUAGUUUUUUUUCUUUCCCUCUUUCAUUUCCCGUUUAUUCACCUAUCGGUCAUCAUGCGUCUCCAACCAAUUUUCUAAUUGACAAUUGGUUUUCAAACAGCUGCUGUGUGUGUUAGUGUGUGUGAAUUCCAUCAUUUAUGAUAUGCAAAUGAUUCGCCCCUCUCCCCCUAAUCUUUCUAUCUCUAUCUCAAUUUAAUUUUUUCCCCCUCUUUAAAAUGACCGUUUGAUUGACAAAGAAAUACUUCUCUCUUACUCUCGAGAAAAACAAAACAAGAAAAGGACAUCUUUUUUCAAACACUUAUCGUAUACCGAUAUACGUAUAAACAAACGACAAAGUGAAAAAAUUUGAUUCUUUUAAAAACAUUUUGGAUACUAUUUCAAAAGAACUCGCUUGGGAUAGAGAGAAGAAAGAACAUAAUAAAUAAGACAAACGAGAACUCCGGAAAAAAAAAAACAACUGCGAAAGCAAAACAUUUGUCAACUUUUGCUUUAUUUUCCGAUCACAGAUAUCAGAAGAAGACAUGAACAUAGUCGAGGAAAGACGUGUCUUCGACUCAUUCCACCACAACCCAAAGUAAUUGCACGCCACUCUUAUGGAAUUUUCAUUUUUUUUAUUUCAAUUUUUACAUCAUACCACAGACACACACGCAGCUUACCCUAAACUUCCUCCCACAAACUUAAAAAAAAAUGAGAAACUAAGUAAAAGGAACUUCGACAAAAAUGCGCCGCGUUAUGAAUGGAAAUAAUAGACGUGCAAAAAACAUGAUGUCAAAACAAUUAGCAUGUGUUUUUUAUUUGUGCUUGUAAAUAAUAACAAUAAUUAUUAUUAUGGUGAUGAACUGUUUAUUGGGCCAGGUCGGUAACGGACCGAGAUUUUCACACGCAGGCAGAAAAGAAUGGACAUCUCUGAUUUUACAGUGUUGACUAAUUGCCGUAAUGUAAUAAACCAAACCCCUCGUUCCUUU